CAUUGCGCUGCGCGCUGCAUUCCAGUCGGUCCGUGUUGUUGCUGUGGACUGCCGUGUGAGGUGAGUGCGUUUGCGUGACCGUGAAAGGAAGGAGCCGCGCCGCGUACUGCGGAACGGCAGAGGCAACCUGACCCGGAGUGAUCGCAAGACGACGCUCUUCGAGGAAAUGGCGUUUCCCGUCUCCGCUUUCAAAGAGGGCACGCCGCGUCGCUCGUGAAGGCGCAGCACCCGAGCAAGAGCGCAGCAGUGGUGCGUAGCCGCAGCGAGCGACCACUAUGACCAACACCUUGUCAAAGCUGAUCGAGAAGUUCUCCGAGACGCAUGGCGUGCCUAGGGAGCGCAUCACUCGGGGCAUCGCGGCCGGCAUCUUCGCCGCGUAUGUCAUCCGCGUCGGCUACCCGCUCGUCUCGAACGUCGCCGAGUCGCUCAAGAAGAGAGCCCGAGCCGCGCAGGACCGAAUCUCGACCACGAGCCCGGAGAAGACGACGCGGCUAGACGUCGUCGGCCUGGACAGCGUGACGGACCUCGCUUUGGCCGCCGUCACGCCCUCCGAUGCGGUGCGAGCGGACGACAACAACGUCAGGACAGCGAGCACGCUGGCCGCGCUGCGCGCGUUCCCGGUUUUCAACAAGACGUUCCUCCUGCAGCUCUUCAAGCUCAUCCGCAUCAUGAUCCCCGGAGUGCGGACCAUCGAAGGCGCGCUGCUGCUGCUUCACACGCUUUCGCUCGUGUCUCGCACGUUUCUCUCCAUCUACGUCGCCCGACUCGAGGGUCAGGUGGUCAAGUUCAUCGUGCGCAAGGACAUGACCCGGUUCGCGCUGCAGCUCUCCAAGUGGCUCCUGGUCGCGAUCCCGGCCACUUUCGUUAACAGCUUGAUCCGGUUCCUCGAGAGCCAGCUCGCGCUCGCCUUCCGCACCAGGCUGGUCCGCUACGCGUACGGACUGUACUUCAAGAACCAGACGUACUACCGCGUCAGCAACCUCGACGGUCGCCUGGAGAACGCCGACCACUGUCUCACCGAGGACAUCACCACGUUCAGCCAGUCGGUGGCGCACCUCUACUCGCACAUCACCAAGCCGCUGCUCGACGUCGUGGUCAUCACGUUCACGCUCUUCCGCAUGGCCCACGAGAUGGGCGCGUACGGGGUGCCGGCGCCCGCCGUCGCCUUCUGCGCGGUCGGCGUGACGGCCCUCAUCCUGCGCAAGAUGACGCCCCGCUUCGGCAAGAUGGUCGCCGAAGAGGCUCGUCGCAAGGGAUACCUGCGAUUCGUCCACUCCAGGCUCAUCGCCAACGCCGAAGAGAUCGCCUUCUACGGCGGUCACAAGGUCGAGCUGGGCCUCCUGCAGAAGAGCUACCGGGCGCUGGCCCGCCAGAUGAACCUGAUCUUCAACCAGCGGCUGUGGUACAUCAUGCUGGAGCAGUUCCUCAUGAAGUACAUGUGGAGCGCCACGGGCAUGGUCAUGAUCUCGCUGCCCAUCAUGACUGGCAUCACGCCCAGAGUCGAGGACGACGACGAGGAGGCAUUCCAGAAUGAUGACGGUGUGAGCACGAGGACUCAGUUCAUCACGACGGCCAAGAAUAUUUUGAUUGCCGGAGGAGAUGCCACUGAAAGGCUUAUGUCUUCGUACAAGGAGAUCACUGAGUUGGCAGGCUACACAGGACGAGUUUCCAAGAUGCUCUCUGUCUUUGAGGACGUCAGCGAGUGCCGCUACAAGCGUACUCUGGCCAUUAACAGCGAUGGCUGCUCCAAAAAGACCUUUGGCCUUAAGGCCCUCACCUUCAAAGAUGGCAUGCCUGAGAUCAAGGGCACUGUGAUCGAGAGGAAUGGUAUCAUCGUCCUCGAGAACGUGCCCAUAGUCACACCCAACUGUGACGUCGUCGUUCCAAGUCUCACUUUCACGAUGACGCAAGAGAUGCAUCUCCUCAUUACGGGUCCCAAUGGCUGCGGCAAGAGCUCACUCUUCCGCAUCCUCAGCGGUCUCUGGCCGCUCUACAACGGGCAGCUGCAGAGGCCGCCGAACAAGCAGAUGUUCUACAUUCCCCAGAGGCCGUACAUGGCUCUGGGUACCCUGCGGGACCAGGUGAUCUACCCCGACACCCUGGAGGACAUGAGGAAUCGUGGUUUCAAUGAUGGCGACCUCGAGGGCAUCCUCAAGAUUGUGCACCUACAGCACAUCAUUGUCAGAGAAGAAGGCUGGGAUGCAAUUGGGGACUGGAAAGACAUCCUCUCGGGAGGCGAGAAGCAGCGGAUGGGCAUGGCUCGCCUGUUCUACCACAGGCCCCAGUUUGCGCUGCUCGAUGAAUGCACCAGUGCAGUGUCGAUAGACGUCGAGAGCCAGAUAUACCAGGCUGCCAAGGACUACGGCAUUUCCCUGCUUACCAUCACACACAGGCCAUCAUUAUGGAAGUUCCACACGCACCUUCUCCAGUUUGAUGGCGAGGGCGGCUGGCGGCUCGAGCUGCUGGACACAUCGACGCGCCUCUCACUGCGCGAGGAGAAGGAGAACCUGGAGGCACAGCUGGCGGGCGUACCGCAGAUGGAGAGCCGUCUCCGCGAGCUGUGUUCCGUGCUCGGCGAGGAGUCGAUCAUCCUCGAAAACACGUCGGUAGCGAAGCGGCCGCCGUCAGAAUUUGCCACCGAGAACCUCUCGGACUAGCACAGUGACGAUUUUCACGACACGAGUGCUUGUCCCCUGGGAAAACCUCCAAGCUUAUCGGUGAUGAGUGCUAAGAAGAGAUCACCAGUGAACGAAAAAAAAGACUGUUGAAAUGGAAACACUGACUUCCAAGGUAGUCGUCGAUUCAGCUUGGCACAGCUGAAACAUGUUUUACUAAUGAGACUUCCCACCGCAUCCGAAUGCCUUGGACUCUGUGUUCUAAGCUCUGAUAGAAGCUUUUCGUACUGAGAUUAGAUUUCGUACCGAAAACGCCAACCUAUAAUAUCAAGGUUGCCAGUAAAAAAAAGAACGAGCCAGUUCCUUACGAGACUCGUAUGCUGUGGCGGCUAAGUGAAGUGGAACAAGUCAACUGCAAUAGCCAGCUGCCUCAGACAAUACAGACAGUUGUGAGAACUCACUUAGAGCCCUAAACAUGCCUGUUUUAAGUGGACAGUUUGACGAAAGCCUACCGAAACCUCGUGUGUCAGUGCGUGUAUGUGUGUGUGUGCGUAUGUGUGUAUGUGCACCUCUGAGAAGGCAUCUACAGCCUGGGCAUACGGACGUGCACACUCUUGUAAAGUGUCAGCAUGUCGAAAAUGAACACAUUGCUUUUUGUCGUUGUACACUCUUGGAAUUGAUGUGUCAAUGCCGUUUGCGCGGUUAUGUGAAGAGAGUAGCUACCAUUGAAGGCUUCAGGUUGCGUCCAGGAUUGUACGUUUGGUCAAGGAGACAAGCGGCCUGCGCCCGUCUUUGGUAGAGUGGCCCACUAAGCAGUGUGCACGUUGCUGGCAUGUUGUCGGCUUUCCGGUCAGACGAUUCGAGGACUAACCCAGAGAAGUUCAGGUUUAGCAAUGUUGCUGUCUGGCCUGACUGAGCUUGGAUAACUUAGAGCAUCGUAUUUAUCAGCGGAUGACAGGACACACGUCUACAUUGGUUGAACUUAACUCUGUCUGGUUUGCCAUGCAAAUAGGAUAGCUUUUACAAACCUUAGCAUAAAUGACUGUGUUAUGGCAAGCUUUGGUGCCCACGGCUUAGUUUGUCUAUUGACGUUCAUGUGGACAACUGUGGUGUCUGCUUACACUGACACCAGUCGUUGCGGGACUGUGUGCCUGUGUACAUCGUGUAGUGUCCUUUUUGUGCACAUGUGUGCGGUGUUUUCAAACUAAAAGAGGUUGGUGCUGUGCUGUAUCAGUGGGGUUGCAGUUUCGCUGGCACAACAAACUUCCCUAGAUGUGCUGAACCAUCGUCGAACCAAAGCAAACUGUGCAGGAGAAGUGUGUUGAGUCGUGACGUUGAGCACGUACAAGGGUGACAUGCUUGUAACCUCUGUUCUCCGUAGUCAUGAUUGCAUGUCCAGCGACUUCCGUGAAAAAAGGGAGCUUUAGACAUCACGCUUUGCUGCUGUGGCAAAAAUCGAAGUGCAGCUUACAGGCCCAUUCACUUUUUGUUAAUGAAUUUCAGUCCUGCUGCUAAAAUAGUUCCUGCUAACUGUGCUGACUUUUUGCCACCUGGUGACUUGGUUAUUUCCCUGAUGAUGUUUUGGGCGGAAAACACCCGCCUCACCGACAUGGCCGGCACGACGAUAGCGAGUUGCCGUAAUAGUGCUGUGUGGAGUGUUUGGUUCAUCAUUUUUACUGAUGACAUAGUACUUAAUUUGCUAAUAUAUUCCCGUGUUUGCUGUAUUUAUGGCCCUGAAGCUUCUUUUGCACUCACAAAUUUGUUUUCUCGUGUCUCGCUAUUGUGAAAUUUGUGUUUGUAGCUUUUUCUGUGCAUCUAGCAAAGGCUGAAGUUGUCUGUCCAACCUAGGGCAGCUGCCUCCUAUGUUUUGUCCUUCAUUUCAGCAGUAUUAGCUUCACAUUAGCAGAAGCUCCCUUUGGUUUGUGAUGCCCUGAAAAGGCAUUUUUGCAAGGAAUUGAUGGGCUGAUAGCUCUAGGGCAUAUUACACCUCUCAGCGUUCUCAGCACUGUCCUUUUUUUUUUCCCUUUCCAAUAUGCCAAAAUAUUUAAUAAGACUGAAACCUGAAAACUGCCAUUCAAAGUGGUACAACCCAAAAUAUCCUUCCUUGGAAGCAACAUAUUCAGCCCAAAUGCAGCUUGUUUACUCAGGAAAGUCCAUCAAAAAUUUGGUGGUGAAUAAACGGUUAACAGAUGAA